AGCGUGUUGAUUUAUUUAUUUGCAAAACGCUUUAUCGUCGUAAGAAUUUAAGGUUGCAGAAAUGCAAUAACGAUUAGGUAUGAAGAUAUGGGGGAUAGUUCGCCUUCUCCUUCAGAUGAAUCUUCGAGUGUGUGUGCUGGAUGUCUGAAUAUUAUUGAUGAUGAUGAAUUUUUGGAAGCUUUGAAUAAGGAAUGGCAUGUUGAUUGCUUCAGAUGUUCAGUUUGUGAUAUCUUACUUUCCAACUGGUAUUUUGAAAAAGAUGGUUUAUUGUUUUGUAAAGAUGAUUACUGCUCCAAUUAUGGGGAAUCUUGCCAAGAUUGUAAUGCUGUCAUCACAGGUCCUGUUAUGGUUGCUGGCGACCAUAAAUUUCAUCCUGAGUGUUUUAAAUGUACAAAUUGUGGAGGGUUUAUUGGUGAUGGUGAUUCUUAUGUUUUGGUGGAAAGGUCCAAGCUGUUUUGUGGUGGGUGCUAUAAGCGUCACAUGCAGCCUAUUGCUGAGCAAUUUAGACGCAAGCCUCAUAGCAUCCAACUUGUCGAAAUCCCAGUUAAUGAAAAAGGCUGUGAAAGGAAGAUCAAAUUGUCUACCAAUAAUCCAAAAUGCUCAACAAUCAGUGGGGUUCGAUUAGGAGUUCAUGUUGUUGAUAUCGAUAUGAGCCCAGAUCUUAUGUCCAUUCAUGUUGGAGAUCGUAUUUUAGAAGUGAAUGGAGUACCUGUUAAAAAUCAAGCCUUAGAUGAGAUUGAAGAACUCAUUAAAACUGCUAACAAGCCUUUACAACUGACUAUUGAGCAUGAUCCUAAUGUUGCACCUAAAUAUCAAGCCAUUCCAUUUUCACAUCAGCAAGUCUCAAAGGAACGAUUGUAUAAAAAAAGAGAUGGUAGAUCACGUCAACUAAAACGUGGCAAAGGGAGCAAAGAGAGGUCAUCUUCAUUGCCACGAUUUUUAGCAUGUGAUUCAUCAGCUUCAAAUAAAAAUUCCUAUGACUUGAGUCGUACAAAAUCCUUCCGUGUUGAACCGAAAAAUCAUCGUAUUUUUCGUGCCUCAGAUCUAGUCCAAGGAAAACUCUUAGGAAAAGGGUUUUUUGGCCAAGUUUUUCAAGUCACUCACCGAGAAACAGGGGAAGUGAUGGUGAUGAAAGAACUUUAUCGUGUGGAUGAAGAAGCUCAAAAGAAUUUCUUAAAAGAAGUUGCUGUACUCCGUUCUUUGUGCCAUGAAAAUGUUCUUCAUUUCAUAGGAGUUUUGUACAAAGAUAAGAAAUUACACCUAGUCACAGAAUACAUCAGUGGGGGUACUCUUAAGGAAAUUAUCCAUGAUUUGACUCAAACCUUGCCAUGGUCUCAACGAGUCAGCUUUGCUAGGGACAUAGCGUCUGGAAUGGCGUAUUUGCAUACAAUGAAUAUUAUUCAUCGGGAUUUAAAUUCAAACAACUGUCUUAUAAAAGAAGAUAAGACUGCAGUUGUUGCUGAUUUCGGGCUGGCCCGUAUCAUCUCCGAUCAAAGUAUUCAUCAUUCUUCUCGGCGUUAUGGGAAGCGAAGCACUCCUAAGAAAUAUGAGAGGAAAAAGAGGUAUACUGUUGUUGGUAACCCUUAUUGGAUGGCUCCAGAAAUGAUGAAAGGAAAGAAAUAUGAUGAAAAAGUUGAUAUAUUUUCUUUCGGGAUUGUACUUUGUGAGAUUAUUGGGCGAGUCUUGGCUGAUCCAGAUUAUCUGCCAAGAAGUCCUGACUUUGGACUUAAUACUGUAGUUUUUAAGGAAAAGUUCUGUGCUAAUUGUCCUGAGGCAUUUUACAAUAUUGCCUUCCUUUGCUGUGAUUUAGACCCUGAAAAACGGCCUCCUUUUGAGCAGUUGGAGCCAUGGCUACAGGGCAUGGUUAUUCACUUCGCUGUGGGAGCUCCUUUGCCAGAAGAAAUGGUGAAUGAAAUCAUCAAUUACCGCCAGCGCAGUCCACCUUCGUCCUCUUCUGAAUCAACUCCAGAAAUGCUGGUCCAUAGUACUACCUGCCCAAGUCUUCAUGCUGCAAGUAAGCAGGAUGAUCCUACUUUUGAUUCCUGUGAUACUAUUACUUAUAGGAUGUAAGUAAAAUGCAGCAUUAACUUAAUACAAAAUGCACUCCUUGAAGUUCAGCAAAUGUUGAGCUCAGAGUGAAGCUGUUGGCUUUCUUUGUUAUAUUUACAUUGAAUCUCGCUGUAUAAAUGUAUAAAACUUCUGUAGUGUAGUUUUUAUUAGAACAGAAGUAGCUAUUUUUUAUCACUGGUUUGUAAAGAAUGCAUUGUUUUGUAUGCAGUGUUUGAUAUUUUGAAAAUGAAAGAGAUUUGUAGUGUUUUGAUUUACAUUUCUCAAUUGCUUUAUCUAUAUAGUGUUAACAGACAUUCCGUGUAUUUUUUUUUUUUUUAAUCAUUAACCAAGUGCAAUGUGAUAUAAACUUUUUGUUUCAUUUUUUUUCUAUUAAAAUAAUACUCUUAGAAGAGUAAAAUAGUGUUUGUUUCAUGUUUUUAAGAAUAUCUUAUUUUAUGUUAAUUAUAUACUUGUUUUUGAAAAACUGUUUUGAAACCAAGUUUACUUAUAAAUAGAACUUGUAAUAAUAAUUGAAUGAAAUUUAAUAAUUUAUUACAUUUUGGAAUUAUACUUAUUUGAACUCUUAUUAGUAUCUUCCAAAUUACAAUUAUAAGAAUUUAAAUACUGGAAACUGUUCAGUUUUAAAUUGAUUUUAAAUUUUGUUCUCUCUACAUCAAUGGUUAUUUAGAGUAGAGGAAGAAAACUGCCUGAUUUUAUUUUGAAAGCAAAAUAGUGUGCCUUCAUAACAGUCAGUCCAUAAACAUUAUUACCAUCCACAUCUACUUUUUAGAAUAGUACAGAUAAAAUGAAAGUAGAUAAAGAAAAUUCUGUUUGAAAAAUGCAAAAUGAUAAUAAAUAAUUAUUUGUUAUAUAGAUUGAAAGCAAAAAAUGAGUUUGUGUGCUUUUGCUCAAUAAUGGUACAACUGUAAAUUUCCUAAGAUUUCAAGUUUUAGAAUUUUUGAUCAGUUAGAUAAUAUCUAUCUCUUUCAGCCAUAGAAGUUUAGAUUUACAUAAUGUCUAUAUGCUAAAUAUUUUACUUUUUACUAAUGUAUAUUAGAAAGUUGCUUCUAAAAUGUAAAUUUUGUUUGCAUUAGUUUAAAGUUUUGUUAAGCAGCUAGUGUGUUUUGUUAACUUAGUUCUAAGUUUCAAAAUUUAUUUUUUGAAUAAAAAAAGAAAAAGGAGAAAAAAAAAGUUGAUGUUAUUUUUAAAACACAAAGCAAAAAAAAUAGCACAUUAUGCUGACCCAAAAGUAUGAAGUUUGAGUCCUAAAGAAUGUUCUAAAUUUAAUUCUGUUUAUUAAAUGAGAAAAAUUAUCUCGUAUGUCUGAAUUAAUUAGUUAGGACUUGUUAUUUUAAAUGUCAAAAAGCUUUACUGUAUAUUAUAAAAUUAUAAGUAAAGAUUAAUAUUAGUUUUAAACUUGAAAAUUUUUAUUUGUUUUGUAAAAAGUUAUUAUUCUUUUGCUAGUUUUAUUUCUAAUCAGUGGCCAUAUUUUAUUAUUCAAAUAAUUUGUUAAAUUGUUUGUUAUAUGAGCUUGCCUUUUUAUUUAAAAUUUUAUUGCUGUAAAAAAAAUGUGUGUAAACUUUAUUUUAUUCCAUUUGAUGUUUUAUUUUGUUAUAUUUUAUGUAUUUUUGAAUCAUUCGAUGGAAUUUUUUUCCCAAAAGCUCUAAAAUUGAUAUAUAUUUAAAUUGAUUAUUGUUGUAAUUGUAAACAAAUAAGUCGAUAAUGAAAUUCAUUUACUUUCCAUUUAAAAUAGACUCUGCAACAAAAUUAUUCUCAUUUAUAUUUAUUAAUGUAAUUGUUUAAACUAUUCUAGUAAAAAGAAAAAUAAAAAAAUAUUUUAACAUUUUUUAGAUUUUUGUCAACUUGAUGUAAGAUUUAAAUUAUUUUUAAAUACAAAAAUGUAAUUUGUUUUUAUGUUUGCUUUAAAUUUGAUAAUAUUACUAUUAUUAUUAUUUUUUUAACUGAAAAAUUUGAUUUUCAAAACUGAAUAAGACUGAUAUUUGUUCUUAAUUUUUUGAUUAGUUAGUGCAUCCAAUUAAAGGAUGCCCAUUUAAAAUCAACUAGUCUAUCAUACUUAAAAUAAAUUGCAUGGACCUAUAAAUUGCAUUUAACGAUUUCUGUGCUUAUCUAGAUUUUAAUUUUAAGAUUAGUUGAAUAUUUUAAUAUGUUCUUGUUGCAUAUAUACUACUUGUUUACUAUUGAAUAUAUUUGUGGGAAGUUACUUAAUGGAACUAAAAUCAAAGAUGGCUCAGUAUGGUUUAGUACAAAUCAUAAAGAUUCCUAUUAGAAGUUGAUCAAAAAUUAUAUAUAAAGCAUUUUAAAAAAUAAAACCGUUAAAACAUUUUUAAAGAAUAUGUUCAUAUGUGUCUAUAAAAUACAUCUGUUUAAUUAGUCAAUAAAGACUUUUCUUCAUUAAAAAAAGUCUUUUAGAGUUGCCAAAUAUAUCAGUAAUGCCAAACAUAAUUCUAGUUUAGUACCAUAUUAGGAUUUGGAUAAAUGAAUUUUACUUUGUGUAAUGUCAUUUUAAGAAUUUGAAGUUAUUACCAAGUUAAAAUUCUAAGUGAUGUGUUUAUACUCAUUGGUUAUUCUAGGUGAUAUGUUUUAUACAUAAUAUAUAUAUAACAUUUAAGAAGUGCAUUUUCAAGUAGACCUAGUAUAUUUCCAUUCAAUACAGAUCUGAUUUUCCUUUAAAGUGCACUUAAGAUCUUCAAUGUAAAUUUUUGUUUCAAUUUUAUUUUAAAGCAUUUAUUUUUUUUAUUCUGUUAUUUGUUAAUAGAUUUUGUGUAUAUGUUAUUUUUUAUUAUUAUUUUCUCUUCAGUGCUAUGUGAUUUCAGUUAUUGAACUAAAAAUCUUUCAUUUGCUUUGUUUAUUAGGACUUGCACUCAAAUUCAUCAUUUUACAAAUCAGACUCGGUCUGUUUGAAUAUGGUCUAUUCUUUUGAACCAUCAUUAAAUUAUAUUGCAGAAUAAUAGAAAGAAUUUAUUAGAUGUACUCAAAAUUUGAAUAGUAGUUAUAAAAAUUGCUUUAUGAAUAGUGAAUAGUCUAGUAAAUUAAGAAAUUUUCUAUUGUAAAUAAUCACUAUAUUGUUCCUGUCUUCAAUAACUUCACACACACAAAAAGUAAAUCAAAAACUGUUAAUGUUAGAUUAGAAAUUUAUUAGAAUACACUGUAACUAUAAUGAAGAGAGGAAGAGUUAUAAUAUUUGCGAUUAUGCAUACUGAUCUGUUUUAUUUUUUCUAAAAAUUUAUCAAAUGUAUCUUAAGCUUUUAAGAAGAUUAAUAACUUUAAAUAUUUUUUAUUAAAAGCAAACUUUUGAUUUUUAAAACUUUCAUGCAAAAAUUUGCUUAUGAAAUCAAUUUUUAGAAGAUUAAAAAAAAAAUUAGAACUUUAAGGAAACAUUGAAAAUAUAAUUGAUUUGUAGAAUACUGAAUUUGGUGUGCAAAAACCUGUAUUACAUUGUGUAUAUACAUUUCAAAUUGCUACAACUAAAUAUGUUGCAAAAUUUAAAUCUAUUUUAUGUAUGUUAACUCUGUUGAUGAUAGUUUUGUUAAUAAUUAGUUUUACUUUUUAACUGUUUGGUGCUGAUAUAAAAUACAUCUUUAAAAAAGUGUCAGUUAGUAUUUGUUGAUAUUUUUUAUUAUAUUUGUUUUAACAUUUAUUAAAUAGUAGAUUAGCUUUUAAUAUUGUUUUUUUUUAAAUCCUGCUGGUAAAAAUCAAAAUAUUUUUAUUAAUGUUUUAGUUAUUAUUUUUAUUCUUGUUAAUGUUGUAAUCUGAAUUCUCU